GUCAGCCUGGAAGGAAACGGAGGCAGAGAAAGGAGAGAAGGAAGAGAAAAAAAACAGAGCAGAGAUAAUAAUAAGAAGAGAAGAUACACUAAUAUAGAAAAUAGGAGAGGAAGGAACACUGGUGAGGAAAUAAAGUGGAGCAGAUUCAAGAGCAGCUGGGUGAUCCAGUCUCUCAGGUUACCUUCUCUAAAUAAGACAACUGGCCCCAGGUCAGCAGUUAGGAGUGACGGCCUUCUCGUCUGCAGGAAACUCUCAUACUGCAUCUGUGGUACGUCUUUGCACCUGAUCUUCUCGUUCUUGCCUCGUCAGCGAUGGCAGGAUCAGGUGUUGCUCUCAGGCUGCAUGAGUUCAGAGAGACUCAGGACUCCAGACAGCUUGAUGGACCAACCACACUGACACCAAAACCAUCACGUCUCGGGAGAGAUAUAUAUGGAUUAUAUCCAGGACAGUUGGGUAGAGUCCAUAUUGUCCACUCAAAGAAUCAUGGGUUUUACAAGAGCCCACUCAUACCAAAGGUCACACCCUCGAUCUGGUUCUUCAUCACAGUCUCAACCCAGACAACCUCACCACGAAGGACAUCUCUAAGGUGUUGACAUGAAGUUGGGGCUGCUUGUGGUGUUGGUUGUAGAAGUUCUGGUGCCCAGUCUGUCUGAGAGUCAGAUCAUCUCCAAAUGCGAGCUGAAAGAAAAGCUUGGGGAAUCGAUAGAGGUGUAUCUGGAGGCUUCGGAGAUUCAAGGAAAGAAUUGUGAAGAUAGGUAUGUUUUUCAGAGACUUGAAGACAAGAUGAGUGUACUUGUGGUGUGCCUCCUGGCAGUGCUGGGCUGCAGUGUGGCUGAAGGGGCAACUGUGUCCAAAUGUGACCUGAAGCAGAAGCUGACAGACAAGCUUCGUGAUCAGGCAGAAGACAUAGCAUAUGACGUGGAUAAAUUAGUCGCUAAGAUUGUCUGUCACGUGGAGUAUGCAGCGGGUUUUAACACCAGUGCAGUAAAUGACCUGACCAUCGCCUCAGAACACACUCGGAGGAAGAGGAGCGACUCUGGCCUCUUUGGCCUUGCCGAGUAUGAACCCGUUCCAACCACAGCCCAUCCCCGGAACCGAAGGCAUGCCAAUGAGGCUUCAUCAGAGACUAUCUGGACACUGUAUGGUCUUUUCCAGCUCAGCAAUCACCUGGUUUGUAAAGAUAGCACAACUGAGACGCACAACAUCUGUGGUAUGGACUGCAGUGAAUUGGUUGAUGACAAGAUAGAAGAUGACCUCGACUGCGUGUUGACGCUCUUUAAGCUUCUUGUUGAACAGGGUUUCUCAGGCCCCAGUCACUUAACAGCCAUGAUCAAACUCAUCUUUCAGGACGAGUGCAUAAAUGUAAAACCCUCUGAGUACUUCAAGGAAUGUGCAGUCUGAAUUCUUUCAGUACAAUAAUUAUCACUGGAAAUAUAAACCUUCUUAAAAAUGAGUGACCAGUGAUUUAUGACAAUAAUAAAGCAAAGCAUGUUGCA